AUAUCUUUUUGUUUUAUUGUUUUUCUAGUUCUUAAUUGAUAUAUUGUUAUUUCAAACUUAUGGAAAAAUAAAAGAGUGUAUUCUAUAUACCUUAGUUAAUGACAACAUGAAGAUAUUACUGUUCAUCACUAUUGCUUUGUCUGACACAUCUUUUGCCUCUGAUGAAUUAAAUCCAUGCGUUAACUACACUACAAUAAACAAUGUUGAUCGUAGAGCAGUUGGUAAUAUUUUGAAGUUAGGUAUAGUUCCUUCCCUAAGUGAUGAUUUCCUUGACAAUGAAUGGUAUCGGAUUAACAGUGAUGCCGGAGAGCAAAUGCCAACUAAAGCACCAGGGCUGUUUCAUUGUGGCACAUGGUAUCCGAUUUGGCUAAAUGGGACUCUCCCAAACAACGUCGGUGAAGAAAUUGAAGGACAAGUUUGUCUACAAGGAAUUUAUGAGGAAUGUUUUACCUCUUGGACAAUAGGCAUACAGCUUUGUCCUGGAAAUUAUUUAGUAUACAACCUGGUCGAAAGUACUAAUGCAAAUUCAGCAUACUGCUUCGGCACAGCCGCUGUUAAUAAAGAACUGACAACAACAUAUGCGGCAACCACAACACAAACUAGCGUUACUGACAACCAGGUCGGAGGUUUUGAACCAUGUAUUGAUCACAAACUGAUAGAUUUUCAAGAAAAAAGGGCUGAAGCUAAUAUUUUCAAAUUUGGAGAAGACGUUAACAUCAGUGAUGACCUUUUAGACAGUGGUUGGUAUCGUGUUCAGAGGGAUGAGUGUGGGAAAAUGCCAAUUACCGCACCAGGAUUGUUACAAUGUGGAACAUGGUAUCCUAUUUGGCUGGAUGGUCAGCUACCAGUCAGUGUUGGAGAGCAAUCCCAAAGAAAAGUGUGUAUGAAGACGUUUACAAAUAACUGUACUUACUCCUGGAAUAUUGGCAUCAAACUCUGCGAUGGAGGUUACUUUGUAUAUAAUCUGUUGCGGAGUAAUAUUGCUUUGUCUGGAUACUGCUUUGGUACAUCAGAAAUAUGUGCAGUAGGGAAUUCGGAUGGUAUUAAAGAUGUUAAAGAUACUGAAGAAAGCAAGGCCAACAUACUAAUGAUAGCUUUGAUAGUAACGAUUGGAGUUGCUGUCCUUGUUGCAAUUGUCAUUCUCGUUUUAUUGUGUAAGAAAACGAAACAACCAGAGAAAAUCCGAAAUUAUCUUGUUGGAGGCAAGACGCAAAAUGGAAACGUACAGAAAAUGAAAUGUAACAAAACGGAUGACAGUCCACCACCAUAUAAACGCGGAGUGUCGAUUUCUAGCCUAUCACCACAAAUUCUUCCGGACAAACCACCACCGUAUUGUAGUCGAGAAUGUUCAAACGUCACCAUUGGGGAGGUAAAAGCUGCAUGUAAAAAUGUUGAUCCAUUUGCAAUGUUUACUGUCAAACAUUAACAUGCAAAAUGUAACCUUGAUGUUAUAUCAUAAAUGUCAUGAAUACAUAUACCGAACUCUUUGUGUUUUUAAAAAAAUAUUCUUUUAGACCUUGCCUACUUUAAAGUAUGUUUCAUUUUUGAAUAUAACAUUUAUUUCAUUCUUAUUGAGACUGUGUGAGCAAAGUUUUCUGUGAUCCUUAAUUUUCAUUACCAUUUUUAAGCUUACAUUAUUUUUGUUGAUAUCGUUUUUGUUUGUUUAUAGAAAAAUAAAAUGUAGCAGUACA